AUGGCCCAGCCAAAGUCCCGCGUCCCUCUCGCUAUCGGCCUGACCGCCGCAGCAGGUGUCGGUUACUACCUUUACCAGUCCGGCGGUAAUGCGAAGGUAGCAGAGAAGAAGUUCGAGGCGGAUCUCUCAUCUGCCUCCGCGCGUGUUAAGGGCGAGCUCCCCGGCCGUGGCAAGGAAGCCGAGAAGACGGCCGCUGCAUGGGCCACCGAGAAGGGCCAGCAGAUCGACAACGCCGCUGAGAAGGCGCGCAAGGAGCUUAACAAGACUGGGGAGUCGCUGGAUUCUUACCGCAAAGAGGCGGGCAAGGAGGCCAUGGCUAAGCUCGACAAGUUCGAUGCCACGGUCGAGAAGGAGGCUACGAAGGCGAAGAGCGGUAUCUCUGGCUGGUUUGGGGGAAGCAGCAAGUAA